AUGGCCUCCAUCUCUGAGCUGGCCUGCAUCUACUCUGCCCUCAUCCUGCACGAGGCCAAGAUGAGAGUCAUGGAGGAUAAGAUCAGUGCCCUCAUCAAAGCAGCUGGUGUCAGUGUUGAACCUUUCUGGCCUGGCUUGUUUGCAAAGGCCCUGAACAGUGUCUGCAUUGGGAGCCUCAUCUGCAACGUGCGGACUGGUAGGCCCACUCCAGCAGCUGGAUCUGUGCCAUCAGGCGGUCCUGCCCUCUCCACCACUGCUUCCCCAGCUGAAGAGAAGAAGGUAGACGCAAGAAGAAAGAAGCAAGAAGCUCAGGAGUCUGAUGACGAUAUGGGCUUUGGCCUUUUGACUAAAUCUUUUGAUCUCUCACUGAACCUGGAGCUUACCAAACUGGGUAAACAGACAGGCCGGUAA